CCCAGAGGUCCACGGCUUAAGCGUGGGGAGAGAGCAGGGAGGCACCCUUGAACAUGGGCCGUUAUCAGCACCCUGACAGACAGCAACCAGAGACCCACGGAUUUCCGGACAGGUGGUCAUGUAACAGCUGUCAUGCCCUGCUGCAACCGAGUUAUCUGGCCCUGUCUCCCCAAAACCUGUGGGGAGCUUGUGAGGGGCAGAGACUGUUGCCAUCCUACCUCGUUUGCUGUUUGGUUCCAGUGCCAAGCACAGAACCACACACAUACAAGCAGCUCAUCAAAAUGUGGACGGUCAAGUGACCACGUGGACGGCCAGGUGGGUGGAUGAAAGGCAUGGCAUACCCCACGUGACACAGCCCUCUCUCUUCCAGAUCCUGGAGAAUACCCCAGAGAGUCACGUGGACCAUUCCUCCCUAAAACUGGCCCUCGAGCAGGCAGAGGAGCUCUGCUCUCAGGUUAACGAGGGGGUUCGGGAGAAGGAGAACUCAGACCGACUGGAGUGGAUCCAGGCUCAUGUUCAGUGCGAAGGUCUCGCAGAGCAACUUAUUUUCAACUCCCUCACCAACUGCCUGGGGCCCCGGAAGCUUUUGCAUAGUGGGAAAUUAUACAAGACCAAGAGCAGUAAGGAGCUACACGGAUUCCUCUUCAAUGACUUCCUGCUUCUCACCUACAUGGUCAAGCAGUUUGCCGUUUCCUCCGGCUCUGAGAAACUUUUCAGCUCUAAGUCCAACGCCCAAUUCAAAAUGUACAAGACGCCCAUUUUCCUGAACGAGGUCUUGGUGAAGCUGCCCACAGACCCUUCCAGCGAUGAGCCCGUCUUCCACAUUUCCCACAUCGACCGGGUCUACACGCUCCGCACAGACAACAUUAACGAGAGGUCAGUCCCGGCCAGCUGUGGCUUGCCUGAAGCCUCGCAGGAAGCUGGACGCCCCCUCUCCUACACACCCUUCUCCACGGCCAAGUCCUACCAGCCCUGCGUCCUCACCAGUCUUAACAUGCACCCUGCCAGGCUUUGGCCACCUCUGAUCAGUGCCUCGCUUCUGUCUCCUCGUGGUGCUCCCACCUUCCGAAAUGGCAAAUCCGAGCCUCGGUCCCUGCUAGAGUCCUGUCAGGGACUGCCUCCAGUGACAGUCCCCGUCCUGGGCUGGUUUCCAAGACCCCGCUAUGCAGCCAGCCUCUCCCCAUCCCUCUUUCCCAUGAGCUUGCCCUCCAGCCCAACGCUGCCCUCCCAUGUACCUCUGUGUGCACAGCCACUUGCAUGGGGGCCUACGUGCCCAGCUGUCAUCCCAGUGCUCAUGUGCAUCUUCUUUCUGGAUCCCUGGCACCUUCCAGGUGCCUGGUAUUCUAUAAGCAAUCAAGAAUUGUCUAGAAAUUCUCAGCUUGAUCCUCAGUGAGUAACUGAGUCUUUUACCUGAGCUUGCUAAAGCUGAGGUUAGCAAGAAAAAGCUUUGCAGGGGCUACCUUUGGGACCAGGA